UCGGGAAUAUUAUUUUUCUGCAAAGCGAUCAUUUCAGCGGAAAUACGUCAUUUGGCCGCCAUUGUUUUGGCGUCCUCGCCCCAGUAAAGUUAGCCGCUCCAGUUAUUAUAGAACUCAAUGGUCAUUUCACUUACUUGCUGAUCGUUUUUGUAGUCUAGUCGUAACAUUUGCACCGAACUUCUUGCAAUGCCUUCAUUUAAAGAUUUAACCACCUCUGAAUUGUCCACGUUAUUGAAAAAGAAUGGAGUGGAUAAUGAAGUCAUUGAAAAAUUUCAAGAGUGAUAGCUUACCUGUAACACCAAUUCAGUGUCCAAAUGCUCUUACUGAAACUACCAGUACCCCAAAAGAUUGGUUACGGAACUACAAAAUUCCAAAUCGUUAUUCUUAUGCUGUUGAAGCUGGGUUGAAAACAGAGUAUUUACCCCCAAAUUUGAUUAACGAGCUCAUCAGAGAUGUCUGCACAAGUGUGCUAAGAUUUACAAGCCAUCCCAGCAAAACAGAACGUGUAAAGAUUGCACUUAUGAUUGUUGAAUCAUAUCCAUUCUUGAAGGAUCCACUGUUGGAUGCAAACUCAAAGCCAUGGGGAUCUAUUGAGAUGAAAAUCUAUAACCGAUUCAAAAAAUUGCAAAGAAAGAGAUCUAACACGCCUGUUACCAAUGUCUUGCAAACUAAAGGCAAAACAACAAAGAAAAGGAACAGUCACUGUUGGACGAACGUUCCCGAGCCUUGCGAAAGUGAAGAUCUUACAGCAGUGGUAUCAAAAAUAAAAAAAGAGUGGCAGUCAGCCAAAAAGAAUCAUGAAAAAAUUCAGGAGUUGAUGGCUGCAUGCUAUGCUUCUAGAAGAUCACUUGUCUUGGAAGAAGUCAGAAGAAUAGUGGAAGUUGUUGAAAUGUUCCCUCCUUUAGCCCCGUUCACACGGGGAAAUUUUCUUUGACAAAUGAUAUGUGACAAAUAAAUUUUGUCCGUGUGAAUGAACAAUUUGUUACAAAUUUUUUAUGACAAAUGAAUUUGUUCAAAAGCUGGGUUGUUAGCUUUUUUUUGUCGUAUAAAAUUUGUCAAUAAUCAAAUUUGUCCGUCUGGACGACCAUCACAUCAAAUGUGUCAAAUUUUAUCAAACAACAUGGCGACGACGCAAGGAGCGAGGACAACGAAACAUGUGAUUUCUUGGACUGACAGCAGUAUUUCUUUACUUCUCGAUGCCCUUAAGACAAGAGAGAGAGUUUGUGGAACUCUAAGCUGACAUCGUACCGAGAUAGAAAUAUAAAGAAGAGAGAAUAUCAAGAAAUAGUUGCCAUUUUAAGCGCCGAAAUUCCCGAAAUGGAUUUAUCAGCUGUAAAAGCUAAGAUUCAAGGACUUCGAACGACCUUUUGUGAAGAAAUAAGAAAAAUUAAAAAACGUGAGCAUACUGGUUGUGGAUCAGCUGAAAUAUAUGUCCCAAAAUGGAAGUUUUUCAAUGAAUGCUUCUUUCUUGAAGAUGUUGUUGCAUUAAAUAGACCAACAUGCAGUAACAUUGAAGAUGAAAUAGACAUUUCCAAUACAGGCGGCAAUGAGCAUGAAAUUUGGGGAAUGGAUGGAAAUUCUGAAACUGGCAGCACAUGCAGUGAUACAUCAUUUGGUAUGCAUCCAAAAAAAAGAAAAAGAAGCUCAGAAGAAAAUGAAUGGAUGAAGACUGCAGCAAGUGCACUUACCAAGUUGUCCCAAGAUAAUGACGAUCAACAGGAUGAAUGGGAUGUGUUUGGGGUGGAUGUUGCUAAUUCCCUUAGAGCCAUCAACAGCCCAGAGUGGCAAAGACGAGCUAAGUUUGCUGUGCAGUCUGCCAUUUUCCAAGCUGCAGAAAAAGCUCGAUGCACAGUUUCCAACUCUACAUUACGUACAGAUAGUACCAUCCCAGUUAUUGAUUUAUUUUUUAAAAAUUUUAACAACUGAAUAUUUUCAUUUUUAGAAUUGAUUUUUGAAUACACUGCCUCUUACUUAAUUAAUUCAGAAUGUUGAUAUUACAGUUUUUUAAGUGAUGUACUUUUCUACUAACAAUUAAUCUCCUGUAUAGGGAUUGUUUAGUUUCUAGGCUGUUGUUUUUUAUUUUGUAAUAUGUGAAGAAACACUAACCAUACAUUUUUCAUCCAUGAUCCAUCAAGCAAAAUGAUUUUUUGAAUUAAAAAAUUCCAAAAAUAAAAAUUUUCUUGAUUAUAUGA